AAAAAAGAAUGGCGGCCCCCAAGAUGAGCGUGGGUAAACCUACCACGGACCGUUUACCGUGCAAUACCACCAGUUUUCAGAAGAAAUCACGAAGCAAACUAGUUUCAAUACCUGGCACAAGACCUUCGAUUCAAAACGGGCAACUUAUUGUUUCGACUGGUGUCACAUCUCUCGACUACGUGAUUGGUGGUGGUUUAGCAGUUGGAACCCUUCUACUCAUCGAGGAGGACCGAUAUGACAGCUACUCCCGUAUGCUGCUCAAGUACUUCCUGGCAGAGGGGGUGGUGUGUGGACAUGAACUCUACGUGGCGUCUGCUCUGGACCACCCCAAUGACAUCCUACAGGAACUCCCCGCCCCCAUCCUGGAUGACAUCGCCAGCCCCAAAGCAGUGGAGGACCAGGCAAAGUCAUGUGACCCUGAGAGUCAGGACGCCAUGAAGAUCGCCUGGCGCUACCAGCACCUGCCAAAAGUGCAGGUAAACACGGCCCUGGCGUCCUCGUCGAGGUUCGGACACUACUACGACGUCUCCAAGACAAUGGACCCUGAGAUCUGCCAGGCGGCCAGGUGCCAUGGCUUCUACCUUCCAGAACACUCCACCGCUGUGACAUCACCCACCGCCACCACCCCCGGCCAGAGCCCUAUGCCAGAGACCUACUCCUCUCUGCUGAACAAUCUCCAGGAGGUCAUCCACAGGGAAGGCUUUGAUGGAUCCGUCCCCCAGACCAAGUCACGGAACAUCCUACGGAUCGGGUUGCACUCCCUCGGCUCCGCCCUGUGGGAUGACGACCUGUGUUGCCGUGAAAACCCAAGCCACGGCCACGCCCUCACCACCUUCCUUUACGGCCUCCGGGCCAUGCUGAGGUCAUCGCUCUCUGUCGCCGUGGUUACCGUGCCCUCACACCUCAUCCAGAACAGAGCUCUGAUGGGCAAUAUAACCAGGUUGUGUGACACGGCCAUCGCUCUAGAGUCCUUCAGAGGCUCAGAGAGAGAGACCAACCCCCUGUACAAAGAUUACCACGGUCUGCUAGAUGUACGUCAGCUGCCCUAUCUGAACUGCCUGGUGUGUGAUCUGCCCGACAACAAGGACCUGGCCUUUAAACUCAAGAGGAAGCAGUUCACCAUUGAGAGACUACAUCUGCCUCCAGACCUGUCAGAGACAGUGAGUCGUGUGAGCCGGGGAGAGCUGACAGAGACAGCCAUGGUGGGCUCCUCAGGCUGUGGCUCCGGCUCCACUGGCAACAGACAUCUGGACUUCUAGA